UUUGAUGUCUGAUCAAAUCCCUGAUACCAAAAUGACUGAACGCUUUGACUGCCACUAUUGUAAGGAGACGCUGUUUGGCAAGAAAUACAUUUUGAAGGAAGAGAGUCCCUACUGCAUCAAGUGCUACGAGAGCUUGUACUCCAACACCUGUGAAGAAUGUAAGAAGCCAAUCGGCUGUGAUUGUAAGGACCUGUCCUACAAGGAUCGUCAUUGGCAUGAAACCUGUUUCCAUUGCUUCCAGUGCAAGAACUCCUUGGUGGACAAACCUUUUGCUGCGAAGGAAGAGCACCUUCUUUGUACUGAAUGCUAUUCAAAUGAAUACUCCUCCAAGUGUAGCGAGUGCAAAAAGACCAUCAUGCCAGGGACACGGAAGAUGGAAUAUAAGGGUAGCAGUUGGCAUGAGACCUGUUUUAUCUGCCAUCGGUGCCAACAGCCCAUUGGAACAAAAAGUUUUAUUCCCAAGGACAAUCAGAAUUUCUGUGUGCCCUGCUAUGAGAAGCAGUUUGCUAUGCAGUGUGUACAGUGCAAGAAGCCAAUCACUACUGGAGGAAUCACUUACCGAGAGCAGCCAUGGCACAAAGAGUGUUUUGUGUGUACUGGAUGCAAAAAGCAGCUAUCUGGACAACGUUUCACUUCCCGAGAUGAGUUUGCAUAUUGUCUAAACUGCUUUUGUAGCCUCUAUGCCAAGAAGUGUGCAGGAUGCACUAAUCCAAUAAGUGGGCUUGGUGGUACUAAGUAUAUUUCUUUUGAGGAACGGCAAUGGCACAAUGAUUGUUUCAACUGCAAGAAAUGUUCCCUAUCAUUGGUGGGCCGUGGUUUCCUCACAGAAAGAGAUGACAUCCUCUGUCCCGAGUGUGGGAAAGACAUUUAAAAGAUGAAAAACAUUUCUGGAAAGAGUUGUAUUUACAGUACAUGUUUUCUAAUAUAAUGAUGUGCAUGAGUUUUGAUCAAAAGUAAUGUGUUUUUUUCUUAGCAAUACAUAUUAAUAGUUAACACUAGCUCUUUUUGGGUGCUAGGCCUGAACACAAUAUACUAAUAUAUACAAAGGAAACAGAGCCAUGAUUGCUGAUCACACCUGAUCACACCUAUUGUACAUUAGAGCUCAUCCUUCAAACCUCAGCCUCCCUUCAUAGAGCAGAUCUGAGAGCAUCUAUUCAAGUUUGACCAGCUGGGUGGCAGAAUCUAGCCAACAUCAGCUGAUCUUGAAAAGCUAAUUAAUAUUUGAAUAGGAAACUUCCAGAAAUUCUAAGGCUAUAGAUUUGACUGAGAUUUUUUUUAAAAAAAAAAUCCUUGAAGGAAGGCAGUGGCAAGCCACUUUGGCAUUGAUAAAAACACCAUCUCCAUUAAGUCAUCAAGGAGUUUUAACUCAUUUGAAAGAGACUUUUUUUAGUCAUAUUCACUUGAAAGCAAGUAAAAACAUCACUUUAAUAUAUUCAAGAUGUUAUGGAGCAAUUACAGCAGGGUUUCAAAUUGUGCAGACAUCUUAUUGAGCUCAGCUGAGAGAUCAGGAAUAAAAAGAUUUGGUCUGGAUGAUGGAGCCUGGCUAACAGGGAGAACCAUAUUCUUAAACUUGUGUAGGCAUUACACCUAACCUUUUUCUCUUUUUAGACUGUAGACAUGUAUUGGAAUAGAUAUAACAGAGAAAAGGUAAUUCUUAUAUUAGUUAUCAAGCAAUACUUCUCAUUCCUCAAUCCAAACAACCAAUACAAAAUUUGGGUGAUUUAGAUAAUAUCACUAUAAUCUUCUCUUUGUCAGAUACAAUAAGACUUUCUGAAGAAUUACAAUUGCCACUGAUUAAAGUGUUGGUGGAGGAAGAAUCAAUAUUUAAACUUCCCAGUUCACAAAUGUAUAGAUGAUAAUAAUGUAGAUUAAUUUAGGUACAGAUCAGUAAUACAAUAUUUGUGCCGUACCUUAAAAAGAAUGAUUAAAGAAUGUGAUUUUCUUCAUUAGCACUGAAUGGGACUUCUUUCCAAAUAAAUGCAAAUAUACAACACAUUAUUUUAGGAUGUUUCAAGAUCAUUGCACAAAAUACAUUUUUAUUCCUAACAGAUUUUUAAAUUUUCAUUGCACCUUAGAGAUUGCAAAGUAAUAAAUGUAUUUCUAGCAAAGUGUUGUAUUUUUGUGAAUUCGGACAUUUUAAUAAACGUUAACCAUUAAGGUAAAGCUUGAGUAGAAUUCUUCU